GCGGAGCCUCCCGCCAUUUUGUCUGGGGUGACGGAAGGAGGAGGUCGAAGAAGGUGGCGGCUCUGAACACGGUGAGAGCACUCAGUCUUCGUGCCUUUAUCUAGUUGGAUCCGGUGCUGUCCUGUGUAGUUCGCGCGCUCGCCGGCUCAUCGUUUCUCGAGGAAGGGCCGCCGCCGUCUCGCGGAGCUCGGAGUCGCUGGGACUUCUCCCCCCAACCUGGGUGCCGAGGAGACUCCGAUGUUGAACUCAGCAGAUCAGCCCAUGAAAACUUUCAUACUCAGUCAAAGAAACAGAUCUGGCCAAAAACAACAUUUGUUAUCCUGGGCCUGGCAGCAGGGAAGAAGACAAGUGGUGGAAAUCUUACAGUCUGCAAAGCAGACUGAAAGGUGACAUAGAAGCUGGAGAUGGGCGGUGGAGAGAGAUUCAACAUUCCAGUUUCCCAAUCUAGAAAUGUUAGUAAAAACCAACAACAACAACUUAAUAGGCAAAAGAAUAAGGAUCAGACCCCCCAGAUGAAGAUUGUUGCUCACAAGAAGAAAGAAAGAGGACAUUCCUAUAAUUCAUCUGCAGCUACACGGCAGGCUGUACACAAUGGGGGGAAGAAUGGGCAUUUCCCAAAUAAUCCAAAUUGGAAUUCCAAUUUAUUUUUGAAAUCCCAAACUAAUCAGAAUUAUGCUGGCGCCAAAUUUAGUGAGCCCCCAUCACCGAGUGUUCUGCCUAAACCUCCCAGCCACUGGGUUCCAGUUUCCUUGAAUCCUUCUGAUAAAGAAAUAAUGACCUUUCAACUGAAAACCUUACUUAAAGUCCAGCUGUGAUGUGAGAGAAUCAGAUUGCUGAUGUUUGUGUUUUUUAGGAGAGGAACAAAUCAGUCUUUGUUCCUAAACAUAAAAACUUCAUGGUUAGGGAAUUUGUCUUUCAUCUAUAUAAAGCAGCUGGACUGAUCGGUGAUACUAGGUAAUACUUGAUAUCAAAUUUCAUCAUGUUUGUGUGUGUUCACACCUUGCCCUGUGACUAAGGAGAUAUAUGGCAGUUUGAAAUCAGUCAUUCAGAACGUUUGGACUUGAUGUCAGUUGUCCUUAAUUGAAUAGCAGCUCUUCAAGUUUUGAACUUAAAUCAUGGUUUGAAUUUAUAAAGGGAUUUAUGGUAUAGACUCCUGGGCUUUUCUUAGUUAGGGAAAGAAAUUUAUGUAUCAUGAUCAUGUUUCUAGGCAAAAACAAGAGUGUAGUGAACAUUUAAUGUAAGGCAACAGACAACUUGUUAUUUUUGAAAAAAUGAGCUAAAAUCAUUUCUAUUUCCUUGUGGCUGGGAAAAAGGACUGGUUGAACAUCAGCCACUUGUAAUGGAAUAGCAAACUGUACUGCCAAAUGGAAUGUGAGCUUUUUGGGAUAGCCAGAUGUGUGAUAGGAGCCCUUCCUUGAUAUGAUGAAUUAAAGGUUGGAUAAGGAAGGGGGUGCUAGUCAGCAAGGUGGUCUUGGAAUGAAAGGGACCCACUGUGGUUAAUGACGACAUAACAGGGAAGGAUUGAGACCUGCUCCAUCCCUUAGGGGUUACUGGCUUUUGUAGAAGGGGUAUUACUGGUUUUCUAGGAAUACCUAUUCUUUCUCAGUUGCUCCAUGGUCAGGAACUACAUAGAGGCAUCCCCUUAGGUAUACACCUAUGGACAAGCAAAAGUAUUGUUUGUUAGAAUGUACCAAAAAGCUCCAUAAAGAUACCGUAAUCUUUAUUCGGUAUUUGGCAUGUUGUGAACAGUUUUCAAAAUGUAUUGAGUCACCGAAAACUGGCAAAAUUGGUCUAGUAUCAAAUAGGAGAAUCCUUCUAAAUUAGGGUAUGGUUGUAGAUGACCUCUAAGGAAAAGAGAGCCAUGUAAAUACAUGUAAAGCUUGUAGCAUAUGUAAAUUUUUUUGCUGGCCUUUCCUGCAAAAAGUAUUUUUAAUACAAAAUUGCUGAAUGUAAGGCAGACCAUGGACUGAACUAAGACAUGGCCUGGUUUUGAAGGGAUCAAAAAUUUUUUUUAAACAGGAAGUAGUGUCCUUGCCCUAAACUGUUUGGCAGUGCAUAUGCAUGUUUUGUAAACUGUAUUGCAAGACACUUCUAACUUAGGACUAUUAGGAAAAAACUAGAACUGUGAAAGCUGCUAAGACUCAGAGCAGUGCUCUUAUUUUGAACACAAAGGGAUGUUUGGAUAAAAAUAUUAUUAAAACAGGCCUAAUUAUUUUUUCAAAAAACAAAAAACAAAACCAAAAAAAGUCAACAAGGAAGGUGAUUUUGAUUGAAUGACAAUCUUUUACCAAAGGGUCCCUUCUCAAACAAAACAAGGCACUCCCUUUGGCCUUUUCCCAUCAAUGCUUCAAACUAAAGACCAAUUACUAAAUGAUAGAUCUUUUUUUUUACAUAAAUGUGUUAUUUUGUAAGAUUAUGCAGUUAGGAUCCAUACAAGCACUGAUUUUUAAAAAUUCCAAAUAAUAUCCUAACAGUGAGUAAAAGGGAAAAAAAGAAUUUUGAAGUGUAACUUGUCUAAGAAAAUGUCUAUCCAUGUUUACAAUUUUCUUUAUAAAACCGAUUGGCAUAUUGACUGUAUUUUACUUUUCUCCAAGGAAAAAUAAGAACAUAUGUCCAAUUACAUUUGGUGUUUAAUCAACUUUUGUGAAGUACUUUAAUAAAUACAUGAAUUUAAAACAAAACUGAAAGUAAAAAACUCCCCCCCCCCCAUUUGGGUUGGUUUCCUGUUUUUAAGUUUCUUGAAUGUGUCAAGACAUGUGAUAGCUUGUUUUCAAUAUUUAAAGAUAGAAAUGCAGCACUACUGGGGCUGUGGGGAAGUUUAGAGAGGUAGUUUUCAUGUCAGUUGGAGGAUAGUGGGUUCACAAGUUGAUCAUCCCAGUGUGAGUGAAAAUAGAAAACAAGUUGGAAUCAGGAACUAGCCAGGCUCUUGCUCUGACCUUUAAUAGCUGUGAUUGGACAAAUCAGCUUGGGGGAAGGUCAGGGGUUAUCUAGGUGUAAGGGCUAUUGGCAUUGGCUACAUCAAAAAAAUUGCCCAAGCUGUCUGCUGGGGGUGGGUGGGUGGUAGUGAGAAAUUUCAGGUUUCUUGAGUUGAUAUUUUAAGGUGGAGGGAAUAAAGGAUGGAAGAUUUGGAAGACCAACUGUUGCCCUGCUGGUUAGUCUCCAGUUGACUAGCACCUCUCCAUGGGGUACUGGGAAGAGGCAAUUAUUUGUCUCCACUAGGGGCUGUCUUGUGUUCCCAGAGCAUAGCCCAGUGCCUGGCACAAGUAGGUGCUUAAUAAGUGUUGAGAUUUGAGGCCGCCUUUCCACUGCCCCUUAAAGGCUUGUGAUUGAUAAAACCUCGGACAAGCCAGGUUCUAGAAGUACUCAUUUCCCACACCUUUGUUACUAUUUUCUUUUUAGACAAAAUUGGCUCUUCUGUUUAUUCCAGUUCUCCCAUCUGUUUCUUCUAUUUAGGGGAAGGCAAUUUUUCCUACCCCAUGCAAAUCUAGAGUUAUUCCACCUUUCUAAUAGUUUGGGAAAGUGCACUGAUCGAUUUAGAAGUGAAAAUUUAAUCUUUAUGCAACUAUGGACUGAGAAUGUUUUCUAUCUUUUAUGACUUUAUAAUUAUUCAACAAUCUUUAGCUUAUGGUUUUAACAAAUUGGAAAUUACACAGGUAUUACAAAUCAUGGAAACAGAAGUCAUCAAGCUUGGCAUAGUGCCUGGCACAUUGUAGGAGCUCAAUGAAUUAUUUCCUGAUGCUGAUAAAUGAUUGAAAAAGA